AUGUCCCAGAAACCAACAAGUUUCGCUUGCGACCGGUGCAGGGCGGGGAAGCGAAAAUGUGAUGCAGCCCGACCUGCAUGUUCGCUAUGCAGUAGACAGAAUAGAGAAUGUGUCUAUACAGAGCAGAAGCCAAGGAAACGUAAGUACUGGGACGAAGAUUAUGUUAGAGCUCUUGAAGCCCAAGUACAAUCGCUUCUCUUGGCUUUAGAGAAGCAGCAGCAGACCCCUGGGAAGGAGCAGUCGCCACCACUUUCUUCGAGUGACCAUGCAUCACAGCGUGCGGAGUCUGAGGCCCUCCGUGAAAGCCUCGACACCACCGACUUAGCUGGUCUUGGCGAUGUCGUCAAUGAAGAAGGCCAUAUCGCAGAGUUCCGAAGCGAGUCCGGCGACCUCCUAAGCCCUGGCAGAGAUUCAGAGGGUCAGGAGAGGUCUCAAAAAGCAAUGGAAGAAUUAUGCGUAAUGUUAUGGAGGACAAAUGUUGGCGACGGUGUAACCAUCAUCGAUGACCCAACCACUGGAUCUCACUACUCACUGGAGGCUACUCGAGAGCUUCCUUCAGCUACACAGUUCAACCCCCCAGAGAAUAUUCUUGUCUAUUGCCGGCAAAAAGACCUCAUUCAUGAGAUGGCCAAUACCUUCUUGAAGAAUAUUAACAAGGAGCAUCAGUUUACACCAUACAUAGGCACAGACUUUCUUCAGGGCUAUCCUUAUCAAGCUCCUGAUGAGGCUUUCCUGCACAGUGCAAUCAUUGCCACAGGAACAACCUUCUCACUCAGACCGGACGCCAUGAGCAUUGGCGAUGCGUUUGGCCAGUUUGCGGAAAGCCUGGUCUUUGCAUGCUGUCGACAAAACCCCACGGUCAAAGUUAUCCAGGGGCUUUCCAUGAUGUCCUGGCGGUCUCUGGCUCUAGGUCGAGACCACUUUGGAUGGAUGUUCAUCUCUAUGGCUGCGGGUAUGUGUGUGCAUCUAAGGCUACACGUGUUAGCCUUAGAUGAGUGCGAGGCAAGGCAGCUUGAGGCAAGCGAGCAAGACAUCAGGACCUUCUGGAUGUUUUAUAUAAUUGAUCGAACCGCCAUUUCGAUUCUGGGCCGUAACUGUGCUUUGCCAUGGCGGAGAGUAAAUGUUCCAGGAUUCGACACAACUUUUGAGAACUCGCAAGCAGACCUUGCCCAAAUAUCUUUUGCAUGGCAAUGCAAGCUAUGGUAUAUUCAUGACCAAUACAUGGAUCAAGUGUUUACCCCAACUUUCGAGACACUCCCGAUUCCUCAACAGGUCCGAAUUCUGGUCGCAAGCCAAGACGCUCUCAACGCUUUCUUCAGGUCUCGUGACAGCCGGCUUCAUCUGACCGGAGAUUCAACACCAAAACCCGUCAUUCUUUUUCACCUGGCGUAUCAAAUGACCACGUUAAUAACAAUGCCACCAUUCCUCCGGAUAUUUGCCGCAAUAACGCAGGACUCAUCAUCUACGAACAACACUGGCCAGAACCCAGAGUUUAUGCUGCUUGUGCUUCGAUCAUUGACUGCUGCUGCAACUGCAACGUCACGGCUCGUUAGAACUUAUCGACGGGCACACGGCUUUGAGACUCCAGCCAACCCCGUCAUUAUCCACCAUCUUCUGAGCGCUGCCAUUGUGCACCUAAUGAAUGCUACAAGUUCUACACCAGCCCUCCGCCACCAAAGCACAUACUGGCUCCGUCAGUGCUUAGAGCUUCUUCGAGAACUGCAAAUUGCUUGGCCGUUUCGCGCGGUGAAAAGCAUCGAAGUAAUCCGAAUUUUAGCGGAACGGUGGGGCGUUAUGAAAGCGUUGCCCAUAGAGUGCAGCUAUCAAGUUCAGCCUACAGCUCCUGGACCAGACAGGGACUGGGAUUAUAGUACAAGCGCUGCGAGAGACAGGGCGGCGAGGAACUCGGAAAUCGCUGCCAGUAAUCAGGCUCACCUUCAUUACGAGUGGGAUGCAUACGGAGCUGCAUCGACUGAGGCAAGGGUGGACUUGAAUACUUUGGACGCAAAUUCGUUCGCCUCUUUAGGAACACUUGAUAUGUCAGGCCUCAGCGGGGAUCGCACCAACCCCGUUGCAGCUGUUGACUACCUCCAAGCUUUCCAAGGACUAGCACAUUGCGAAGACUUCAGCUGGCUCUCGAGUAAUUAUAACCUGUGA